AUUACAAUAUGGUUUGAUGUGCCCACCUCACGGCAAGUUUGGAUCCAUCAUAUUAUACAUAAUGAUGUUAUUUAUAUUAUGGGGAGUAUUAUGGGCUAUCACUGGAGACGAAGCUCUACCCGGUGGGAAUCUGUUUGCACUAUUAGUGUUAUGGGUGUGUGCAGUUAUUGGAGGAGCUGCCAUUACAUUAAUCAAACUUCCUCCACUGUUAGGCAUGUUAUUGGUAGGAAUGAUGUUGCGUAAUGCGCCCUACAUUAAUGUGGCCAAAGAUAUUGACCAACCAUGGUCUCUGGCAUUACGAGAUAUUGCAUUUACAGUGAUUUUGAUCCGUGCUGGACUAGGUCUAGAUGCUGAAGCUUUAAGGAAAUUGAAAAUAGCAUGUCUUCGUCUUGCUUUUAUCUCAUGUGUAAUUGAAUGUAUUGCAGCCGCUAUAAUUUCCGUUUUGUUACUUGAUUUUCCUUGGGUUUUCGGUAUCAUGCUUGGUUUCGUUUUAGGUGCGGUGUCCCCUGCUGUAAUUGUGUCAUCUAUGUUAAAUCUUCAUGGCAAAGGAUAUGGUGUAAACAAGGGUAUUCCAACAUUGGUGAUUGCUGCAGCUAGUGUAGAUGACGUCAUUGCCAUAACAGGUUUCAGCGUGGCACUUGGAAUUGGAUUCUCUACAGGUAAUGUUAUGCAUGUCAUUUAG